AUCGACACUGCUUUGUGCAGAGCAAGUGCUGGAUGCAACCUGGACAUAUGCGCUGGUCCAGCGUUUGGGUGUGCGGCCUCAUCGCCACAUGGUGUACCUUCGAGAGGUGGUCACGCGCGGCGCCCGAGGCGUUCGCAGCCGUGCGGCGGCCAAGGCGACAGCCCCUUGCAGCCCGCCUCGCUGGAGUGCCUUUGGGAGGAAUUGAGCCAAGAGCUUUGAUACUGGACUGCGACGGUGUUAUUGCAGAUUCAGAAUAUUUGCACCGGGAUGCCUACAACCAGGUGUUUGCUGAAUUUGGCGUAGACACUUAUUGGUCCAAAGAGUACUACGACGAGCUCCAAAACAAGAUUGGCGGAGGCAAGCCCAAAAUGAGAUAUCAUUUUGGCAUCCAGGGGUGGCCGGCAUCGAAGCUUGGUCCGGCACCCGAAGACGAAGCAGCGCAGACUCAUUUGAUAGAUGCAUUGCAGGAUCGCAAGACUGAAAUCUACCAGAGCUACGUCGCGGAGGGUCGUUCAUCGGCUCGGCCUGGCAUUGUGGAGCUCAUUGACAUCAGCCUGUCCAGAUCCGACCUGAAGACUGCCAUUUGCUCAGCUGGGACUCGAGAAGCAGCCCAACAGGUGUUGAUGGCCGUCCUUGGGGAGGAUCGUUUGUCACGUUUUGACUUGAUCCUUUUGGGCGAUGACGUCAGCAGGAAGAAGCCUGACCCAUUGAUCUACAGACUAGCCUCUGAGCGCCUGGGCGUGUCAAUUGAGAAUUGCGCAGUGGUAGAAGAUUCAAAGAUUGGUUUGCAAGCUGCCUUGGCUGCGCGCUCAGGAAUUGUGAUGUUUUGCGUCAUGGCGCUAGCUAGGCUUCAUUUUUUUGACAAACGAAAGAGGCAGCUGGCAUGAAGUGCUACAUCACCUACACAGAAUCAACACAAGGUGUGCUUCGUGGACAAGAUUCCUUGUGGAAUUGUAGUUGUUGCCUCCUCGUUCUUGCUGUUUGAUGAUUGUCGGCCAUUUCUUCAAGGACAGGAGUUUGGUGGUGCUGCUGGGGUGGUUGCUGAUGCAACGAAACUGGACUUGGACGACAUAUUUCCUUCCAGUUCAUUUGCAGAUCCCUAGAUUCAAAAGUUGAUUGACCUCGAGAGCCUGCGCCCACCAUGUUGCCAGCUGCUGUGCAAAUAAGUAGGCACCAGGUAGAACAAGACUGAGGAUAUUUGAUAUCUAUAUAAUAUCUACGUGAGUAGCAGCUGAGUAGCACUGCUCGGCUAAAGAUGCAGCAAGGCACGCCUCCUGAUGCUGAGUGUUGAAACCUGCUUCAUCAAGAGAUAUCAAGAGUGUUGACAACAAAGGUCUACAGAAAUCAGGAGAUAUAUAUAUAUAUAUCAGAGUUGUUUCUGCCGCUGACUUCUUCAGGUUCUGGCAGGAUUCUUAAUUGCAUCUUAGG